AUGCAGACGUUUCUCAAAAAGAAGCGCGACAGAAAGAAGCGCGACAGAAAGAAGCGCGACAGAAAGAAGCGCGACAGAAAGAAGCGCGACAGAAAGAAGCGCGACAGAAAGAAGCGCGACAGAAAGAAGCGCGACAGAAAGAAGCGCGACAGAAAGAAGCGCGACAGAAAGAAGCGCGACAGAAAGAAGCGCGACAGAAAGAAGCGCGACAGAAAGAAGCGCGACAGAAAGAAGCGCGACAGAAAGAAGCGCGACAGAAAGAAGCGCGACAGAAAGAAGCGCGACAGAAAGAAGCGCGACAGAAAGAAGCGCGACAGAAAGAAGCGCGACAGAAAGAAGCGCGACAGAAAGAAGCGCGACAGAAAGAAGCGCGACAGAAAGAAGCGCGACAGAAAGAAGCGCGACAGAAAGAAGCGCGACAGAAAGAAGCGCGACAGAAAGAAGCGCGACAGAAAGAAGCGCGACAGAAAGAAGCGCGACAGAAAGAAGCGCGACAGAAAGAAGCGCGACAGAAAGAAGCGCGACAGAAAGAAGCGCGACAGAAAGAAGCGCGACAGAAAGAAGCGCGACAGAAAGAAGCGCGACAGAAAGAAGCGCGACAGAAAGAAGCGCGACAGAAAGAAGCGCGACAGAAAGAAGCGCGACAGAAAGAAGCGCGACAGAAAGAAGCGCGACAGAAAGAAGCGCGACAGAAAGAAGCGCGACAGAAAGAAGCGCGACAGAAAGAAGCGCGACAGAAAGAAGCGCGACAGAAAGAAGCGCGACAGAAAGAAGCGCGACAGAAAGAAGCGCGACAGAAAGAAGCGCGACAGAAAGAAGCGCGACAGAAAGAAGCGCGACAGAAAGAAGCGCGACAGAAAGAAGCGCGACAGAAAGAAGCGCGACAGAAAGAAGCGCGACAGAAAGAAGCGCGACAGAAAGAAGCGCGACAGAAAGAAGCGCGACAGAAAGAAGCGCGACAGAAAGAAGCGCGACAGAAAGAAGCGCGACAGAAAGAAGCGCGACAGCUGUGGAGGCGGCGGGCGGCGAGAAUUAGCCCCGAACGUCGACGAAAGAACAGGUGGUGAGCGCGCGCGACUUCAGCGAUGCAACAACUCGCCAUCGCUGGGUCCAGGGAUGCUGCCUGAGCGACGCGCAGCAGCCGGCCGCUGUCUUAGAGAUCCGACAGCAGCAGCGAAUAAUUAA